GUCGUCGUCAGUCUGUCAGAGUCAGUGUCUCGCGAAGAACGUGUGCAAAGUUUCUUGGAUCCCCUUGGCUUACUUAGCUAGGCUUGGGGCCCGCAGUCGUUUGUCCGCACAGGUUGUCAGUGUGAAUCUCUGUAUCUUUAGCCAAUAGGGAAAAAAAACAGAGAGGAAGAAGAAAUCUAGAGCAUGCUUUGCAGCCGACGUCGACUAGGAAAGAGGAUCUGAGCACAGCACCGUAGCAGGCGUAGCGAGCAGAAGAAAAAUAAUAGUAAACUAGGAUAAAAAAGUGAGAAUUAGCAUUCCUUUUCUCGAGCAGCGCGCCUACUUGGGUGAUGAUGAUGGUGAUGGGGCCAAAAAUUGGUUGCUGCUCUGGAGCUAUUUGAGCGCUGAUUGAAUUAGUGAAUUAUGUAAGAGUGAAUUGAAUCGUGGCAGCAGAAGCAGUGAAGUAGAAAAAAGUUUAAGUAAAAAAAAAUAAGCCAAAGCACGAUACCGAAGCCGAAGAAAGCAAGGAAGAAGAAGAAAACGUCAAACCAAAUGAAUUUAUAGAUGUAUUUUUUGUCUGUUACCAAAUAUUUGAAAAGUAAGAGUUAUUAGAUAUGAAUAGUAUUGUUAUUAUCAGUUUAUGGAUAUUAUUACAACUUAACAAAGUUUUAUGUCAAGAUGAGACGGUGUCGGUGCUGAGGAGCGAGAAGGUAGAACUGACAUGCCCGAUAGACAUCGCAACCUGCGGCGAGCUGCACUCGCUCAAAUGGUUCAAGGGCACCGAUCGCAUCGCGGUCGUUUCCGGUGACGGCGAGGUGGCCAAGGUCGAGGGCAGCUACAACGAUCGACUCUCGCUGUCCCACGAGGCCCAGAGCAGCCGGCUCAUCUUCAAGAACGUGGAAAUCUCCGACGAAGAUACAUAUCUGUGUGAAACCACAUUUUUAGAGCCGUCCGAGUUGUGUGAAAACUCGGGCGCUUAUAGUAUAGCACUAAAUGUUUACGCCAUUCCCUCUGUAAUAGCACUUCAGGAUGGCAGUAGGAAUAGUAUUAAGAACGGGUCCCAUAUCGGGCCAAUGCGGGAGGGUCAGGAUCUGCAAGUCGUUUGCGAAGUUUACGGCGCCCGUCCAGUACCUGUGAUAAGUUGGCAUCGGUCGGGAGGAGUUGUGAGAGAUUCCCAACAAGUGGAGGACCACAACGGACUGUACACGGUCAAGUCGACCUUAUCACUGACCCUCUCGCGGCAAGAGCUCGGCGCCACCUACACCUGUCGCGUCGAGAUGAAAGAGUUGCAGCUGGUUGUGGAUAAUCUUUUUCAUAUCGAUUUACAAGUGAGACCAACAAAGAUCAAUAUAUCUGGUGUGAAACAUCACACCGUACAAGGAACCAAAGUUUUACUUCAAUGUCAGGUGAGCGGAGCCCGACCGGCUGCCAACAUGACGUGGUACAACUCGUCCCGGCUGAUAUCGGACGAAACGAACGAGAUCACCAGCAUCAGCACGAAAACGUAUUUACAAAACGACGGCACAUUCGAGACCAUCAGUCAGAUGAUUUUUACCGCAACCCGCUUCGAGAACGGUGCAUCGAUUCGCUGUGAGGCAGACAACAUUGUGAUGCGUGAGGACGGCGACCGGCCACUGCACGAUACCCUCACGCUCGAGGUCAUGUAUCCACCGGUGGUUUCGGUUAAGCCGGACAACAUCACCGUCAACGAGACGAAGGAUUUUCUCAUGUUCUGCGAUUACGAGGCCAACCCGGCGUCCCUGGAAAUCGUCAAAUGGUUCCGGAAUGGACAGGAGAUCAAGCUCGGAGGGGGAGCUCAUCGAUACGAAGGGGGCAAUCCGGAGCAAACGGCCCUGCUGAUCAAAAACUCGACCCGCUUCGACAUCGGAACCUACACGUGCGAGCUGUCCAACUCGAUCGGGUCCGACGUGUCCGAUAACGAGAUUUAUGUCGAUGUUCUGUACAAACCCACCGUAUCGCUGAACAUGGAACCCAACACUCCGGUGGUGGAAAACGAACAGGCUAACAUAACGCUGCUGUGUAAUAUCGAGGACGGCAAUCCGUUGAUCCUUUCGAAGGUACGAUGGUUCUUGGAUGGUGAAUUCUUGAAAGAACUCCCCGAAUGCGAUGGCGAGGGCUUGGGAGACGAGAAUUUGUGCGAGGUGGAUCCAACGAAGAUGCUGUUGCAGAACGUGGGUCGCGAAUUCAUCGGAAACUACUCCUGCGAGGGAUUCAAUGUGGCCGGUUGGGGCGACACCAGCGAUGACAAUCCGUUGGAUAUUUACUAUGAACCGGGGAAUGCUACACUUGCCUUUUACCCUCAGAUUGGUAUCAAGAGGAGAAGUGUGACUUUCAACUGUACGGUUGAGGAUCGAGGCAAUCCCAUUGCCACUAGGUAUCGGUGGCUAAGGGGUGGAAAACCGGUAAUGGAUGUGGUGACUCCCACCUGGACUGUUGAUCCAGUUGGAUUGGACUCGAGGACGAACUUUUCUUGUUAUGCGUAUAACGAUGGUGGCGAGGGAAAUGCGGCUGUGGUGGCUUUAGAUGUUCAUGCCCCACCUGCGUUUAUCCAGAAGCUGAAUCCUUAUACGGGAGCACUGUUUGCGACUAGCAAUAUUUCAUUGACUUGUCGAGUCGAGUGCGUCCCACUGUGUAAGGUUUCCUGGUUCAAAGAUGGAGUUGGAAUUGAGAAUAGUGACGAGCGAUACUUUAUCCGAUGGGAGUAUAGACCCGCAGACCCGGCAACCGGAGACUUCGAAAGUGUUCAUUCUGUUUUGCACUUCAACAUGUCCGCUUGGCCCGGUGGUAUGCUGGAUCGCAUCCGUGACAGCUCCAACUACUCGUGUGUAUCGUCGAACAACUCGGCAGGGCCCGGAGUCCGGAGCACAACCUACUUCGGAGUGGAAUAUCCACCGGAAAACACAACCCUUACAACGCCGGCCAUCUCCGUUGAGGAAGGGAAAAUUCCGCCCCGAAUUGUUUGCUCAUCCCGGGCUUACCCGGAACCGACCUUCGUCUGGACCCGGAACGGAAAUGUUAUUUCCCGGGGAAGCGCUCUGUCGGUGAAUAACGUUAUGGAACGAUCGGAUGCCGGAAUUUACACAUGCACAGCGUCCAACAAACACGGAAACCACAGCACCGAUGCCGUUAUCGAUAUUCAUUAUAAGCCCACGUGCACCAUCGUGCGGAAAGAGGUGAAAGAUGAGGACCUGCUGAUAUGCACCGCCAUCGGCAGCCCCAAGGAGUCGGAAUUCGAGUGGAGUCUCAAGUACGAGAACGAUACCCUGCAGAAUCACAAAACAAGAGGCGACGCGUACGAGAGUGUGCUGAUACUGGAUAACGACGUGUCUGCGAUGCGAACCUAUGUCUGUGUGGCCAGCAACAGCGUCGGACUGGGUAUCCCGUGUGAGAUUGAAGUGGCCGGUUAUGUGGCAUGGUGGCUGAAGGGCGACAUCCUUACGCCGUACAUUCUGAUAGCAGCUGUGGCCGCCCUCCUUCUGGCCGUGAUACUCAUCUGCAUCAUCAUCAUUUGCAUCUGCCGGCGCAAGAGAAGGCAGGACAAGUCAUCCAUCCACAUUGAAGAUAUCGAAGAUGCCGAGUUUUCGUUCAUGAAGAACCAAAGGUCCCCGAAAGCGGAACCGGACGCAUCGGAAAAUAUCCAACAGUAUGACAAAACUGUUCGGUGGAGAAUUCGCCGCUUCUUCGAGAAGCGAAACAGUAUCGAUCUGCUGAAACUGUCGACCCAGAAUGUUAUUACUUAUGUUAAAAAGCCUCAAAUCCCCACCUCGCACACCGCCAAAGAAUCGCCGCAAACAGGCGAUGAUAGAAAUGAGAAUGUACCGUCAGCUGGUGCAGAUGUGAUAGUUACUGGAGAGUCAUCUACUGCUGGAGGAUCCCAAAUCGAACCAGGCGAAUAUGAGAACCUUCCUUUCCAUGGGCUACAAACUCCCCCAAAAAAGGCCAUGCUAGUUAAGAACAGUCUCGCGCCAGCAGUGAAAUGCCCUAACAAGUCGCUAACACCAUCCUGUUUCCCGACCCAUCCGUACAAUUACAUCAACUACCAGCAACGAGACAGUAAUGGUACCCUGAAGCAUCCACCGAAUUCGGACCUUUCCUCCUAUAACACUAGCCAAUCGACCAUGCUCACUAACCAAAGCAAUAUGUCUUCGCUGUCCAAUAGCCAGGAUUCACCCAGCAUCAACAACAGCAACACUAACCCUUACCUUAGCAAGACUGCCGAGCGGAAGAAACCUUCGGCCCAGCUUCAGCAGCUCCUUCUAGACAACAGUGACAGCUUAUCGACCCACAGCUUCUCAUCUGGAAAGUCACUGAAACGCCCGCCUGUUGGCAAUUCGAUUGCUGGAGAAAACAAGAAACUCAUCGAUCUGGAGACGGUGACUCCGUUGUACGAAAAUCUCACUGAUUCUAUUCAAAUACACGAAUCUCCCAUGAGUGGAAGUGCUACAACGGGUGGAAUCGGCAGCAAAUUCGCUCUCGAUAAUCACGAGAGAUACAAAAUCAGCUUGGGUCGCAAAUCUCGUAAAUCUAGUAGCCGGUCAAACAGCGCCGUUUCUAAUAGUUACUACGAUUGCAUCAAACCCAUUCCGGCUCCGAGGCACCGGAAGUAUGCUUCUACUAAUUCGCUAAUCUCCAAAAACAUCCAGAUGUACAGCAAGCAGCUCGAUCCAAUCUACAUGAAUCUCCCCAUCAGUUCGGGAUAUGAAACCGACCCCAGAUCAACCGACGAAUUCACUUCAAGCAAUGAGUACCCUUCUUCGUUCGAUAACCACUAUUUCGAGAUCACCCAACACCAGACACGUAUACUGAUACCGAAGGAACUCUUCCCCGUAGAUAGAAGCAAUCAGGCCAAGAUCAAUCAGAUGAUCAAGAAAAAUCUGGCCUCAUCCAAUCGACGUCAUAUUAAACUGCCUUUACAAAAACAUCAUAGCUUUAAUUUCCAAUCAUCCCAAACGGUGGAGGCGACCGUACGCGAUCUCAAGAUCAAAUCACACUCGAUAAACUCGAAAACCCUGCGAGAUUAUCGCAACAGUAGCAAUACCAGCAACAGUAUCAACAACAACAACAUGAAUAGUAGCAGCAAUUUUAUCAGUAGCAAUAGCAACAACAGCAGCAGCAAGUUCCCAACUAGCUCCACGAAUCCCUUCUUGAACAACAACAACAGUAGCGCAUUGUCCAGUAUUAGCGGCAGCAGCACCACCGGUAGCAGCAGUCGUCGUUCGAUCGCAGCAGCCCGAGCCCACACUACGCUUGCCACGGCAACGCUUGCUACGGUGCGCCAACACCCGAGUCGAUCGCAAAGUGAAGACGACAGCAGUAGUGACCCCGAGGCAAAUCAGCUAAAACAAAAGCAACAACAACAACAUCAUCAUCACCAUCACAAACAUCACGGAGGCGGCGGCAAACAUCAUCACAGCCUACUAGGAUCGGCUACGUUGGCCGUCGGCACGUCGUCCUCGCUGACCGGCGUCAAAUCUAACAACAGCACCGUUUACAAGUAUGAAACUAACUCGAUAGCCUUCAAACCUAUCACUCCUGUGCCAACGAGUACUUCAGCAAUAACUAACUCUAAAAAAAUCAUCGGUUAAAAUAAUAUGUGUAAAUGAUAAAAUUUGCUAUUAUAAAUAAUGAUGAAUGAGAAAACAACUGAUACUACUGAGUAAGAAACAAAAAAAAAACAAA